GUGGACAGCAAUGCCGAGGCAAUUCAUCUGUAAAGCAGAAACUGGGAUGCUGGCUCUAACAGCUGUAGCAAUACAGGACCAUAUCACAAGAAGCAUUUCUGUUCGAAACAUCCCCUGCAACCUCCUUGCGUCAGAUGUUUCCUGUCAAGCUGCCUUUGGAGCUGCCCAUGGUAGUAGGAGGCACAAGAAACAAAGCACAAGGCAGAGAGUCAAAGAUGCUGAGCAGACACAGGAGCAAGAGGAACAUGAGUAUGUGUUGGAUCCUGCCCCUCCACCUCUGACUCUCGCUCAGAGGAUGGGUCUGGUGGCAGCUCCCUCAAGAAGACUAACAGCAGAGGAGUGGGCUGAGGUUAAAGCCAGGUCCAUCCAGGAGGGAGAUUCGACCCUGCCUUGUGUGAUCUGCAGGGAGGAGUUUCGUCUGCAACCUCAGGUCCUACUCUCCUGUUCCCAUGUAUUUCACAAAGUAUGCCUGAGGUCCUUUGAAAACUUCUCGGGCAGGAAGAGCUGCCCCAUGUGCAGGAAGGAACAGUACGAGACAAGAGUGAUCUAUGAUGGUGCUCGGCUCUAUCGGGAAAAAUGUGCUAUCAGAAUACAAGCUUUCUGGCGAGGCAGCCUUGUUCGCAAAUGGUACAGGAACAUAAGGAAACACGUGCCUCCAAAAGACCAGAAAUUAAGACGAAGAUUCUUUGAGAAAAAGUUUCAGGAGAUUAGCGACAGCUUGGUGCAGUCAUGCAGCAUAGAUGUAGAUGCAUUCCUGAAUGAUAUUGAUCACUCUGUGGCCAUGAGCCGCAAUAUCCUACGCCGCUUUGACAACGAGUACAAGAGUGUUUCUGAAAUGGAGGAAAAGGACUGGCUGGAGGCUCAAGAGAAGGCUGUCCAGCGAGGCGUUCAGGACUGCCCCAUUUGCCUGAACUCCUUGAACACACACAAUCACAUGUCUAAGGAUGGCAGAAAUGUCCUAUUAUUGUCCUGUUCCCAUCUCUUCCAUGAACCCUGUCUGCAGGCCUUUGAGCUUUUCUGCCAAGAGGUGAAACCCACAUGUCCUCUCUGCCGGUCUCGCUACACCAAAAUGCUUGUUUAGAAUUCAUGCUCAGUACAUUUAUGAAAUAGACCAAAUAUUCUGGUAUGCAUUUAUGAGAUAAAAUUUCUCCCGGUGAAAGUAUGAAUUUGUGUUAAAUUUUCACUGUGAAGCGGAUCCAAUACAGGACUGAUAAAGUUUUACUAAGUAUAUCAUAUAAUUUAAUGUAAGUACAAAGUAAAUAAUGCUAACAAGCUGGCAGAAAAAGAAUAAGAACCACAGGGUCAAAAGUCACAAACUUUAUUGUAAACUGAAAAAGAAUAAAAAGAAAAUGAAAGACAAUUUGAACAUCUUCACAAACACCACAAACAAUGCAAUUACGUAAACACACCAAAUGGGUAAAGUGAACAUUCUCUAAGUACAUCCACACAUGUAUAAGAAGAAACAAGCAAGAACAGAAUUAAGAAAAAGUAGCUUUCCCUUGUAGCUGAAGUUCCUCCUAUAGAGUAAUAUGAGACUGAUCACGGCACAGUAUGGACAUUUAGCCUAUAAUGAACAAGAACAAGUGGUUUUGGUGUGUAGGUAUUGUAGGCCGCGUUCUGUUUGCCAGUUGAAGAAUGUGGCCGAUUUAUCAAAAUACGACACAGCACUGCUAUGUAUUUUAUUCAUUUGUGGCUCUUGUAAGGAGAAUCUGUCCUACAGAAGAUGAGCUUUCAGAAGAGAAGAUUCAAGAUAAGAGAUAAAUUUGAACUGAAUUACAGAAUAAGGAAUGAACAAUUUUCUUUCACAGUUAAAUCUAGAACAUCUCUGCUAAUGCCUCUAUUUUGAGAAAACUAACACACCAAUUGACACCAGCCCUUGUGCUGUAUAAAAUGUAAAACCAGGUGUGAAGUCUGGCACAGAAACAUUCCCCAAAAAGUCAAUUUAUUUAAAGCAAAGGAGUGGAAUUUUGAAUUUGUCCACAGAGAGUAUUGAUGGUUACUAAUGACACAGGUUGUUCUGGAAUUACAAGUGACAAUAAAAUUGGAUUUGCACUGUAAAAAACAACAACAAUAAAAAAAAAGGCUCACUUCAAUGACACAAUUAUUGACAAUACAAUUUUUCCCCCAGAAAUGUUUUCUUACAAAAUAUUGUUUGUGCAAAUCAACUGGAAGAAAAUACAUAUUUUACAUGUAACUUCUUUAAUUUAUGACAAUAAUAAUAAUAAUAAAAAAUGCAUCAUAUUGAACCAUAGAACCCACUGAAGUUUUUCACUUUUUAAUGACCUUUUCAUAAGCUUUGAAUUCAUUGUUCCUCAUGUCAAUCCUUUA